AUGCAGUUCACUCAGUCCUUCCUGGCUCCAGCAGCCCUCACUCUCCUCGCCCUCGCCCAAGGUGUCCGCGCCUAUGAUGCCGUUACGAUCCAAACCUGGGGCCCCGGAACCGACUGCGGCGCCGACGUCUACGGCGAGCAGCAGUACCCGGACACCGGCGAGAACCAGCAAUUCACCGCUCCAGGUCUCCCCCCGGGCGUCACCGAGUAUGACAUGAGGGUCGAGUCCGGCGACACGCUUCCCACGAUGUACGUGUGCCCUUCCAACACCCCCGAGGGCGACUACACCAACUGCGCCGAGAUCACGACCGGACCGGACUAUGGAGGUAGCUAUGUCGAUUGCAUCCACGUCCACAAUGCUCCGCAGAUUCAGAUCGCCGAGUAG